CGCCGACGCCGAGGCGCGGCCAUGGACGGGAAGCCCCGCGCCGGGGUCGCGCUGAUCCCGGGGCCGAGCUGCCGUGGGCCUUCCGCUCAUCGUCCCCGCCCGGGGCGGCUGCUGCUGCUCCCCGGCCUCUGGCUGCCGCUGCUGCCGCCGCUGCUGCUGCCGCUGCUGGCCCGGCCCGCCUCGUGCGCCCCAGACCAGCUCUCUCUGGGACAGCGCAGCCCCCCUUCGUACUCCGCGGAGCCCCUGCUAGAGACAAGGAUGGCACACAGCACUGUGCACGUGGCUUUAUCAGAGACUGCUCCAGGGUCCCGGCCAAGCGGGUCUCUCCCCGUCACAUCCUCUCCGUCUGCCACGACUCUCCAUCCGGCCAUUUCAAACAACCCCCAACAGACCCAAAGCACAGAUGAGCACAGCGUCUUUGUGGUCAGCUAUGGGCCCGUGACGAGCAACGAGGUGGCCGUCGACGACGACGAGAUGGACAACUUCUUACCAGAUGCCCACUGGGCGGUGUCCCGGGUGGUGUCUCCCACGCGGUACAUCCCACGCGGCCCACCAGACCCACCCCGACAGGUGCCUGAGCCCGAGCUGACGCCACCGUUGCCCACCGUCUCUCUGCGAGACGAAGAAGUGACGUCAGCCUGGCAACACGCAGCGCCGUGGCCAACCGCCUACGCCGAGUCCCUCAUUCAUUUCAGCACUUUCUGGUCAUCUUUUCUCACCUCCAAGGGCGUCAUUCCAACGGCCAGCAGGAGUUUGGUGCUUUAUCCUACGGAAACUCACAGCCCGUUAUCAAACAGCACUCUGCCAGAGAUUGCAGCUUCCUUAACAGAGGACAUCGAAACCCUCCUUUUUAGCUCCUGGCCUCCAGUGCCUCAGGCGUCAUCUGUCCUCUCGGGGGAGGUCUCACAGCCUCUAGUGGAUGUCUUGGCAGUAAGCACAGACAGAUACCCGGAGGGCACCGCCGCUUGGAGUCAACCUCCAGCAGAAACGGUCUCUUCAAGAAUAUACUCCACUGUCACUGUGUCACCUACAGACCCUGUUUUCAGCAGCACCCCUCCUGCAUGGCUUUCAACCCCUCUUGCGUUUGGAUCUUUUGCCACCCAGUCAGCUGGUGGCUCAUAUAGCACCUUCCUUCCCGGCAAGGCCAGCGAAGCAUCAGAAUCGCCCGGCGCUCCCGUGCUCCCCAGUCUCGCCGGCCACAGCCGGGUCCCGAGACCGUACACCUGGUGUGCGUCGUGCGCCGCCGUGUCAUCGCCUCAGCAGCUUCCUUCCAGAAGCUUCUCAGAGAAAGAUGUGGGCUCAGGAGAUGGGCCCGAGACCAUGUCUGCGGCCUCAGCGGAGAUGAGCACACCUGCUUCAUGGAGUAGUGUGGGCGCUGACCCCUCUGAACUCGAGGAAGAUUAUCAAGUGUUCAACACGCUUUUCCCUUCCAGACCUGUUGUCCCCCUGUCUUCCAGAUCUGUGGGUUGGUGGGAAGCUAGCCCCGGCCUGUCAGCCGGGAUGGGUACAAACAGCGUCACCACCACCCAGGUGUCCCCUUCCCACAGCCAUCUCUCCACACCGGGGUCACUCCAUCCUGAUGUCGGCUUCUCCUCUGUCGCCGAGACUCCAGUGACACCAUUGAAUGUGACUGCUGUGUUUCCCUUUCCCUCGGUCGUCCCCAGCGUCCUCCCUGACUCGUCUCUCUCUGCCACGGCAGACAACAGCACCCCAUCCCUUCCUGCCGCAGACCCAGCUCUUCCCACCUCACACAGCUGGGCUUCCUCGGGAGAGCCCACAACUUUCUCUGCCCAAGGGUCUGCCAGCUUUUGGCAACACGUGUCUGGAAGUCUUUCGGACUUCUCAUCAAGCUUUUACUCGACUCCACCCCUGGAUUUCAGCAGCCCGGCCCCUUCGCCUUCGGAGGAUCUUGCUUCUCCGUCUGCGACGUCAAGUGACCCAUCAGCUUUUGGGUCUUGGUCCUUCUCCACCUUGCUUGAGACAUUCGCAUUGCCCAGCUCUGCCCAUAUGCCAUCCCCUCAGCUUUCUGUACCUGCUUCUACCAACCUUGAGUUUUCUCAGUUCCAGCCAAGUUCAGACUUUUCUUUAAAAACUGUCGCUUUUUUAUCGAGUCGCUCUGAAGUGUCCCCCCUCCCAAGCUCCUCUGGUUUUCUCAAGAUCACCGAAGCACUGACGGGUUCACCAGUAGGUUCUGGUGUUCAUCUUACCUCAGAUUUCUCUGAAACUACCUCCACCUCUGAGUUUUCACUCAUUCCCCACAAACCCUCAGUCACCACACUGGUGCCCUCCAGCUCUGAGCCCACCCUUGGUGUCACAACUUCUGGGACUCAGUUCGUGUCGCUAUCGGCUGUUUUCCACCGGACGCCCACUUUCACGGCGUCGUCUUCUCCUCCGUCCUUGACUCUGACACCUUCCGAUGGCAGGGUCAGUUCCCCGGGUGGCCGCACGUUUGUCUUACCCACGUGCUCCAGUCUCAUUCCCACCAGUGCAGAGUUGAUCUCUGACUCGUAUCUGUCACCAGCAUCCUCACUUGUUUCCGAGGUGAGCCCUUCACCUUUUCCCACAGUGCCCGUCGUCGGCCCAGCGUUCACACCCACAGAUUCACCACCAAGCACCUCCCCUGAACCGGGCACCUCCCCCGAACCAAGCCUGUCCAACAUCACCACAGCCCCCGGGGAUACAGUGGACUCUGCUCUGCACAGCGAGCCUACGAGUCAGAGCCCCCAGGGGGACAGUUCAGCCCCCCCCCUGCCGUCCCUUGGGCCUGUGACCACCUCUACUCUCGAAGCCACAGUGCAUACUCCAGCACUGGCCACAGCCAAGCCGCCGUAUGUGUGUGAUAUUACAGUUCCUGAUGCCUAUUUGAUCACAACUGUGCUGGCCCGAAGAGCCGUGCAGGAGUACAUCAUCACGUCCAUCAAGGAGGUGUUGAGGAUUCACUUCAACCGUGUGGUAGAGCUGAAGGUUUAUGAACUGUUCACUGACUUCACUUUUCUGGUAACAUCUGGCCCUUUUGUUUACACGGCAAUCUCAGUCAUUAAUGUCCUCAUCAAUAGCAAACUUGUGCGUGACCAAACUCCUUUAAUCCUGUCAGUGAGACCAUCUUUCCUCGUGCCCGAGUCCAGGUUCCAAGUUCAAACAGUUCUUCAGUUUGUGCCUCCCAGCGUGGAUACAGGCUUCUGCAACUUCACCCAGCGCAUCGAGAAGGGCCUGAUGACUGCGCUCGCUGAAGUCAGAAAGCACCACCAGGGCCCCUAUAACCUCACUGUCCAGAUUGUGAAUGUCACUGUUGGCUCUCCAAGGGUGGCUCCCCGCCGGGGCCCAGUAAAUAUCAUCUUUGCUGUUAAAAGCUCUCAGGGAUUUCUGAACGGUUCGGAGGUCAGCGAGCUGCUUAGGAACCUGAGUGUGGUGGAGUUCAGCUUCUACCUGGGGUACCCAGUGCUGCAGAUUGCAGAGCCUUUCCAGUACCCACAACUCAACCUGUCUCAGUUACUGAAGUCCUCUUGGGUCAGAACAGUCCUCCUGGGCGUCGUGGAGAAGCAGCUCCAGAAUGAAGUGUUUCCUGCCGAGAUGGAGCGCAAACUGGCCCAGCUGCUCAGUGAGGUGCCCAGCCGCAGGCGCGUGUGGCGGAGGGCUACGGUGGCGGCUGGGAACAGCGUGGUGCAGGUGGUCAAUGUGUCCAGGCUGGAGGGAGAUGAUAACCCCGUGCAACUCAUCUACUUUGUGGAGGAUCAAGACGGAGAGAGACUCAGUGCAGUCAAAUCUUCAGAUCUGAUCAACAAGAUAGACCUGCAGAGAGCAGCCAUUAUCUUGGGGUACCGAAUCCAAGGUGCUAUUGCCCAGCCUGUGGACAGGGUGAAGAGGCCGUCCCCCGAGUCCCAGAGCAGCAACCUGUGGGUCAUUGUGGGCGUGGUCAUCCCAGUGCUGGUGGUGACGGUGAUUGUUGUCAUCCUGUAUUGGAAACUCUGCCGCACAGACAAGCUGGACUUCCAGCCCGACACCGUGGCCAACAUUCAGCAGAGGCAGAAGCUGCAGAUCCCCAGCGUGAAGGGCUUCGAUUUUGCUAAGCAGCACCUGGGGCAGCACAAUAAAGGCGACAUAUUGAUUAUUCACGAGCCAGCACCCCAGCCGGGACCCACGAAGGACCACACCACACCCUCUGAGAACGGAGACGUGCCAAGCCCCAAGUCCAAGAUACCCUCCAAGAACAUCCGCCACCGAGGAAGAGUCUCCCCCUCAGAUGCGGAUUCGUCAGUCAGCGAGGAGUCCAGUGAGAGGGACGCAGGGGACAAGAUACCAGCAGCAGUCCAUGAGGGCAAGGCCCCCCGAGCCCCGCAGAGUGGUCCUCCCCUGCCCAGUUCAGGAAACGAGCAGCAUUCCUCUGCCUCCAUCUUUGAGCACGUGGACAGGAUUUCACGAACCUCAGAGGCCAGCCGUCGGGUCCCCAAUAAGAUCCAGCUGAUCGCCAUGCAGCCCAUCCCAGCACCCCCGGUGCAGCACCCCGUCCUGGCCGACCGGGUGGCAGAGACCAACAAAAUCAACAAAGAGAUUCAGACCGCCCUGCGGCACAAGUCCGAGAUCGAGCACCACCGCAACAAGAUCCGGCUGCGUGCCAAGCGUCGCGGCCACUAUGAGUUCCCAGUGGUGGAUGACCUGUCCUCAGGCGACACCAAGGAGCGACACCGCGUGUACCGCAGGGCGCAGAUGCAGAUCGACAAGAUCCUGGACCCCGCGGCCAGCGUACCCUCUGUGUUCAUAGAGCCCAGGAAGAGCUCGCGAAUAAAGCGCUCUCCCAAGCCGCGCCGAAAACACCAGGUGAACGGCUGCCCCGCCGACGCCGAGAAGGACCGGCUCAUCACCACCGACAGCGAGGGCACCUACAAGCGGCCCCCCGGCGUGCACAACUCAGCCUACAUUGGAUGCCCAUCAGAUCCUGACCUUCCCGCCGAUGUGCAGACGCCGUCCUCUGCUGAGCUGGGCAGGUAUCCAGGCCUGCCCUUCCCAUCCUCUCAGUACAUCCCACCCCAGCCAUCCAUUGAGGAGGCACGUCAGACCAUGCACUCCCUCCUGGACGAUGCCUUUGCCCUCGUGGCCCCCAGCAGCCAGCCCACCAAUGCCAUGGGUGCAGGGCCCGGGGUCCCGGCUGCCCUGCCCAUGAACAGCACCCCUUCCCGGGAAGAAAGGCGAGCCACACAGUGGGCGUCCUUCUACAGCCCAGCCCAGACAGCCAACAACCCUUGCAGCAGAUAUGAAGACUAUGGAAUGACACCCCCAUCCGGCCCAUUGCCAAGACCAAGUUUUGGCCCUGGGCUGCUGCCGUCUUCAGAGUUGGCACCCCCUGAGCCCCCACAGCCACAAGCGUCAUCUGAAGCUCCUUUUGCUGCCCGAGGGAUGUACUCUGAAGAGAUGCCAUCGGUGGCUCGGCCUCGGCCCGUCGGGGGCACCACAGGCUCCCAGAUCCAGCACCUGACACAGGUGGGAAUCGCUAGCAGAAUCGGGGCCCAGCCAGUGGAAAUGGCACCCAGCAGAGGCAGCCAGUAUGGGGGACCCGGCUGGCCUGUGUAUGGAGAGGAGGAGGCGGGACGAAGAGAACCUAGCCACACGCUCGGACCCCAAGAGUAUCCUUCACCGCUGUUUCAGGUGCCAAGGACUUCGGCCCGAGAGCCCUCGGCUCCUCCCGGGAACCUCUCUCACCGGGGGCUUCAGGGCCCCGGGCUGGGUUACCCCACCAGCUCCACGGAGGACCUCCAGCCUGGCCACUCCUCGGCCUCCCUCAUCAAAGCGAUCCGUGAGGAGCUCCUGCGGCUCUCCCAGAAACAGAGCGCGGCGCCCACCUUCCACAGCUGAUCAGGCCCCCCGCGCGGGUUUGCCAAGUAUCCGCUUCCCGUGGAAGCACCACCCAAAGGAAACCAACUGAGUGGCCGUUUGUCAGCGUCGGGGCCCAGCGUCUCCCGGGCACGCUGCCCCCCCCUCCCCCGGGGGGAAAGGGAACAAGUUGCAAUUUGAGAUGAUGCCAUAAGUCAUAGGACAACUCAUGGUUCUUUUUACUAGGCUGACAGUUUGGUGAUCACUUGGGUUCAGUCCAAAAUGUCUGUACUUUGGGCCCAAAGCCAUCAAGCACUGCACAAAUACAAACCAUCAAUCUCACCUAUGGAAAAGGCUCAAGUCAGUCUUCCUCUGUUCAGAGCAGAAGACUAGAAGCUGUUAUUGGUGUUGGGGUGAAAACAGCCAGCUUCGGGAGUGAGGCUAAGUGCGAUGCACCUGCUGCUGUGUUUUCGGAGAAGAGAUCUGAAGACAUUCUGUUAAGAGCUUGAUCUCCCUUUUCCUCCAUAGGAACUUCUUUUAAUAAUAAUAAUAUGAAUGACAAGAAAUACUAAGAUUGGGAAUGGAAAAAAAGAGCUACCAGCGAGAAGCUAAACGAUAGGUUGCGGAGCCUGGUGAUUCCAGACAAAGCCAUUGCCUGUGUUCUUCCUCCAUCUGGUGCUGCACCCCAAGGGCCCUUCCUCUUUCUGUCUGAAACGCAGCCUUGGCUUUUGUAGUGGAAGGAUAUGUUGAAGGUUUGAUCAACCUUCUGUUUUAGUAGGGAAAAAAAAAAUUAAAGGAUAAAAAGAACUCCCAAGUUGGGAUGGAGAGCUUGAUACUUAUCUGGUCAUUCAAAAUACAUAUCCAAGUUUAAACUUCCACUCUUAGCUGUAUCUGCUGCUUCUUCACUGGGCGCAGUUCCCAGUGUCCACGUCAGCACGUCCCUGUGAGGCAGGCCCUACAGAGUGAGGCUGUCAGCUCCCAGCACUUUGUUGGUGGUUUGCUCACACAUUGUGUUUGAAAUGAGAAUGUUACGUAAGUCAACGAUAGUUCCAAUUCUUAGGACCAUCUGAACGUUCUGGUGAUCAUUUCCUGUGUUUAAGAUCUGGGAAUAGAACUAUUUUCAGUUCAGCCUCUGUAACAAAUCAAGAAAUAUAAAUUGUUGAGACCAUGACGGAAAUGGGAGAGGUGCUUCCCUCAUUUCUAACUUCAUUGUUCUCUAUUGAGCGACUACAUUCUUUGAGCCGGGAGGAGGAGGGAGGGAGGGGAGCAUCAUUUUGCUUCAAAUGUACUCCUAAAAUAGCAUUCCCCACUUCUCACAUUUUACUCAGAAAGACAACAACAAUGUCCUGGUUUUGCAACUCAGAGAAAUUGCAGACUUACAGGGAACAGUCCCACUAUGAGCCUAUUUAUUGGGUGAACUAACACUUUUGAUUAUAAACAGCUAAUAGGGUAGACUUCGAGGUCCAGGCUAAUUAAAACCUGUAUAUCUGUGCCAAGUUUUAAUAACCUAGAAACAGAGAGGACAGAUUCCCAGACUGUAGUCACUGGUCCCACAGUUGUCUCUGCCCUCCUUAGGUUCUUGAGAUAGACGUAGUCUCUGGACGCAGAGCCCAUCGGUUCUGGGAAGUCAACACGUAGUCAGUGUUCGUCUGCUCACUACAGAUGAAAGGCACUCAGGAGCAGAAAACUGUCAGAUAACCAGAAAGUAAGCAGAGGCCCAGGAGCUCUGCCAGGUGUGAAAGAGAAGACCCCUCUGGCCUUGGUUUAAUGCCACUCUCUACCCAAAGGAAAGGGUCCUCUUUCCAAGUCACUCAAAGCAUUCAAGUUUCCUGAAUAUGUUAUUGAGACUUUCAGAUAUCUAGGCAGAAUUUAAAAUAUGGACAUCUUACAAUAAUUUCACAUCGUGUGACAGUGGAUAAUAAGUUGCCCUUUCUCUCCCUGUGUUGUGAUUUGGAUGUAGAUUUUUCUGAAAAUAGCUCCCUCCUUUGUGUACCAUGGAAAUGGGUCUCAGUGGCAAGGGUGUGACUGCAACAGCAAUUUAAUGCCUUUGAAAUUACCAUCAAGGGAUUCUACCUGCAUCUUUAUGCUUGGAACUGAUACACCUUUAAACAGAUGGCAAAACCAAAGAUGACAUAUAACAAACAGCUGGUGGAGUGUGGUGUGGUGUGAAUAGGUCCAAUGGGAUCCUCAGCGCUCUGUUGUUGGUUUAUAAAGCACACUCAGUUUGCACUCAUUUCCUCUAAGCACCUGCCACAGCAGGUGUACCAGUCACCAAACUUAGAACAAACUAUCAUGGGACAUUCCAUGCCCGAUGGGUCUCCAGACAUUCAAUGUGCUCUAUUUCAAAAAAAAAAAAAAAAGGUCCUCCAGCUGACUGUAUGUAACUUUGGAGUUCCACUUAUUAAAGCAUCCCCCAAAAUGAAAGUUUUAAGUUCAGUGUCUGUCCUUUCCUCCUGUUUUUGUAAGCUCUAGUGGUAACACAACUGUAAAUUUGAAUCAGCAUUUUAGCAAAGAUGGUUUAGAGAGGUGCUUUUUUUCAGUCUCCUUCGUCACUAAUCCAGUGUGUCCAAUUCCUUCUCUGAAUCUCAUUCUCCCCGUCAGCAAAACAAAAACAAACAAACAAAAAACACAACAAGCAGAUCUUCCUCCUAUCUACCUCCCAGGAUCUCUGCUUCUGAGAAUCAGAUGUGACCAAGUAUAGAAACAUCCCUUGAGGAGGGAGCGGAAGGCUCUCUGAAAAAGUAAAACGUUAUCCCUGUGAGUGUGAUAUUUUGGGAUGGACCAAGUGAUGUGCCCCAGUCUACCAGUGAUCGGUUCUCAUGUAGGUAACCAGAACAGAACUGAAAGCCCAGCGUGACUCCUACUGCUGUUUUGCUUUAAAAUCACCUCCUUUCCCACUCGCUGUCAAAAGAGCAUCUGUGAAGCAUCUUUUGUUGCUCCUGACUUUGCUCUUUCUGGCACCAGAUAGGUCAGCAAAUGAACCCCAUCUUCUGAGAUCUUAAGAGUCUGAGUUGGUCAGUACAGAUAGGUAUAAAAGAGAAACAGCAUGCCUUAAACAUCCAUAAAAUUUACUCAAAGGGCACAAGUGUGUUGGAUACUCAGAAAUCAUGGAAGUUGCACAUUUGGAAGUGAUGAGAUCUUGAGGAGAAGUCAACUGCAGAAACAACUUUGAUUUUGCCUAAGCCAAUGGGAUGGUAGGGGAAAAAAAAAAAAAACCUGAGUUGGCCUGGGAAAGGAUGGAGAGAUUGGGGUGCUCUCAUUGAAAAUGAACUUGAUCCUGAGCUGGCAUAGGAGGAGGACAAAUACCUACCUGCACCAUUUUAGGGAGUCUUAGAAGAGAAGGAGCUGGUACCAAGAGGAUACAUUUGUAGCAUUAUGGCCAGAGAUGACCAGGCUGGUGAAGCUCUGCCAAGGGAAAGCUCCAGUGUAGGUGAAGGCAAAAGUACCAAGAGCUGGUGAAGGCCUGUUGUAAAGUGGUGCAUAGUUGUAAGAAUGACUCUGGGGUUAUUGCUCAGAGCAGAUCUUGAUGGGCAGUCAUUGACUGAUGUUAAAUCCCUUGUAGAGCUCAGCAGGUAAUAAAUAAAUACAUCUGCCUUCUUCGUUGAUACCUACACAUUUUCCUCUGAUUUUUAUUUAAUUUCAAGGUGUGUCAAUUUGGGUGGCACAUGACUUUUGCACAGUGGGGUUUCGCCAGCCAGAGUUUUGAGGGCAUGAGGCCUGUGACACAAAGCACAGGUGAAGGUACUCCUGGAAGGCUUCAGGCUGCAACCAGCGAUUCUGCGCUUCAUGAGUCUCCCCAUUUGCCGUGUCCAGAAUCGGUGUUGACUGCAUUUUUACAUCUUGGUGAGUGCUCCUAUCACCAAACCAAUCCCAGGACACCGAUGGCAUUGGCAGUACUUCACAAGUUAAUCAUUACAGGACCUCCCUUGGCCCUUUUACUCUGGAUUCUUAGGCAGGAAUGAAAUUCUGGAUGCAGAAUUUUGGUUAGGGUUUUGUUCUGUUCUUAACUCCCACAGACUUCAGCUUAGUGGACUUUUCGCCAUGUCAUUUCUACCUCCAAGUUACGGCUCCAAAGCUUGUCACCAGAGCCUGCGCAUCCACAUUUGGCCCUGGCUGGAGCUCCAGGAAGUCUACUUCUGGACCUACAGAUAGAUAUGUGCACACAAACUCGCUUCCAUGGGACAGGCCAUUGAACUUUGUUUUUACGUUUAAUCCAACUCUUAACUAUAGACGUUGUAACAGGUGAGAGGGGUUUCUAUGGGCCAUUGUCAUGAGAUAUAUAGGCUUACACACUUGUCAUCCAGUAAACAAGAAUGGUGCACAUUUCAAGGGUUUUUUUUUUUUUUUUUUUUUGGUUGGGGGAGGUGAUCAUGGGUGUUGAAACUAGGAUUCUUUUGUUCACCAUUAAAAAGACUUGAAAACUGAGCCAUCGUCAUGGUACAAUGUUAAUUCCUUGCCUGUGUGUACCAAGCAAUUAUCUUAAGAACACACAGCAGCGUUGAAGGACAGAAAGAGGGUAUGAAAUGCCUCUGGAAACAGGAAGUAGCUAGGAAUCAGUGGGACAGUGGCAGAAGCAGAGACGGUCUGUAUCUCGGAUGCUGGGGACCACAGCUGUAUCCCACAUGGCACUAGUGACCCAGGUUCCCUCCUGGUUUCUCCUCUUUGGGGCCACGUGACAGGGAGGAAAAGAGUGACCAGGUAGAAGGGAUUGAGAAAAGCAGACUCUUAACUGUAAACAGGCUUCUCGGACUACCUGGGGCAUCAUGAACAGCCUUCUCAUGUCCACCAGAUUUCAGUGACAAGUGUGUAUGUUGGGAACAGUGCAGGGCCGGGUGUACAAGCAGCCUGGUCCCUUCCUCCUGGUCAUGUGGGGAGGGAAGAACAGGCAUUCACUGGGUGGCUCCAGGGGCCUGGGCUUCCGUUUUGAAUCCAGAGUUAAAGCAUUCUUGACUCACUGCAGAGUGGAGCAGAGCCCUGAGCCAGGGCUGGUGCUAACACUUAACAGGGAGCUCACUCCGGGGGUGGGGGUACUGAUCUGGGGUACUGACUUGGUGAAGGUCCACGUUCUGAUUCUUCCGGCACCCUGAUUCCUGGAUUAUGAGUGUUAAUGUACGAAUCUGUGGAGCAAAUUGGGGCCACGUGUGGCAUCAAUACUGCAACUUGAACUUGACAAUCAUGGUUUGCUGAUCUCAAACGGGCACUUAAAUCUCAGUAUGGGUAUAUGAUUUAGUAAUUGGACCCACCCUUCUAUUUGUCAGUUACAUUUCUACCCUUCAAUUAGCUGCACUGUUUUUCUAAUGUGCUGUAGAGUUUGGAAAUAAUUUAUGCAAGUGUUUGGUUUCCAUGUUUACAAUUUUUACAGCUUUCCUAGCAUUUUAAAUGGAAAUGUCAAUAAAUGCUAUGAAUUGGUGUCAAAGUGA